AUGAACGCCCCGAAAGAACCUAAAGUCAAAACUCCCACCAUUGAAGCUUAUGACGGCACCACCGACCCAGACAUGCACCUAGUUGCAUACCGUCACCACAUGUAUGUUCAAGGAACCAACGAGGCCAUGUGGUGCAAAUACUUUCUGGCCACCCUUAAAGGAGUGGCGUCCAAAUGGUUUGAACGAUUUCCCCCAGGAUCAAUCGCCUCUUUCAACGAGCUACAAAACUUGUUCUCCACCAGGUUCAUGGCACACAAGGAAGAAAGGAAAACAAGCAUGCAUUUGGGACGCAUUCAACAAGGAAAUGAUGAGUCUUUGAGAAGCUAUGUUAAGCGCUUCAAUCUAGAGGCCGGACAGAUCCCGGAUCUUCCUGAUGGUGUCUCCUUCGAUAAUUUUAUCAGAGGAUUGAAGAAAUGGUCAUUCAAAUUUGACUUGGUUAAGAAGAGUGUCCGGACUAUGGCUGAAGUUUUGGAGGAGGACGAAGCAUUUAUCCAUGCAACAGAAAUAUGCAGUGCGUCCAAAGAUGGAAAGGCGGGUAAGGCGACAGAUUCCUCAGGGAAGAAAGAGAAGAUAGAUAGGAAAGCCCCACGGGUAAAUGGUACUUGGGCUCAUUCGAAAGAGCAUGAUACCAAUUCUCCCGGACAGAAGAGAAGACGUCCACAAGAAAGAGAAUAUUUCGAAUACAAUACAGACCUUCUCACGAUCCUAGUGGUCGUCGGGACCAGGUUCGAUCUUGAACGACCCUUCCCCAUGAAAUUUCCAGCUGAAAGUCAAGAUCCUAAGCUGUAUUGUCAGUUCCACGAAGAUAUAGGGCAUGACACCAAAGAGUGCAGAAGCCUGAAGAGAGCCCUGGACGGCCUAGCCUCCAAGGCCCACUCACGGCACAGGGAAGAAUCAGUAUAA